AAAAUAGUGCUCGGAAAGGCGUGUCUAAACUUUGAACUGUGGUCCCAAUGAAAGAAGGACGGAGCGCUGAGCUAACCCUCCAUUGUCGGCUGGUUGCACGUCGUCAGUAGAUUCAUACAGCAGUUGAGGAUCGUGACUGAAAAUGACAGACUUACAAGCUAACUUUGAUGUGGCCGCAGCUGAAGUAAAGCAGCUGAAGGCGAAACCUUCUGAUGAUGAGAUGUUGCUGCUCUAUUCCUUGUUUAAGCAAGCCACCGUGGGAGAUGUUAACACAGCUCGUCCUGGAAUGCUUGAUUUUACUGGAAAAGCUAAGUGGGACGCCUGGGAGAAGCAGAAAGGCAAAAGCAAAGAGGAUUCCAUGAAUGAGUACAUCAAGCUGGUAGAAGAGCUAAAGCAGAAGCAUGGAAUCUAAUCACUGCCAAUGAGUCAGGCUGCUGCACAGAUUUGGACUUUGUCCAAUAAUUUCUUCCAAUGAACCUGUUUAAACACCAUUUUAAUAAAGCCGAGGAUCCUCUACUUAUAAUGGCUAUAAUCGGUGGCAUGAAGUUCUCCUAAUGUUGCAGUGCUAGUUAGAAAUUGCCUUCAACUUGCUUUUUAGUGUUAUUAUAAUGUCCAUUGUCAUUUCAAAGUAAAAUAGCUGCUCUUAAAACAUGUGUUGUGUACACCCAAACUCCUAAUGUUUCUACUGUCCAGGACAGCUGCAUGGGCCUGAAAAAGAUUAUUUUCUAUGGGUUCCCACCACUGCAUUCUACUACUAAUAUACAAAUAAAUCUGGAUUUCUCAAUUAAAGACAUGGUUGGCAAUAAAGCUGAGGAUCCUCUUCUCAUAAUGGUUAUCAAUGGCAUGAAGUUCUCCUAAUGUUGCAGUGCUAGUUAGAAAUUUGCUUUUUACUAUCAUAAUGUCCAUUGUAAUUUCAAAAUAAAAUAACUCCUUAAAACAA